AUGGCAGAGCACUAUCCUUUGGACCAAACUCGUCCAGAGAGACCUCCAUUCAUCUCACGUUCAGCAAUCCUACACAACACAUCGUCUAGCCUGCAAAUCCAACCGCCAACUAAAAGGCGCAAGCGAAAGCCGUCCAGGGAGAGACCAGACACCCUUUUUACCAACAAGGAAUACACAAUACAACCCAGGCCCUUUACUCUGCCAAAAACGCCAUGGAUGCCGCCUGGUCUUGCUCCCCCAGUCUUUGUUCCCGCUACGAGCACAAAACCAGUCUUGCCAGUCGCCCAGUCCUCUACAACCAAUUAUAUAGAUUCACGCUUUCUUGAUUCAUAUCCAGGCACUCGGGACCCACUUGCCCACUCCCUCGAUAGCACUUUCCACGUAAACCCUCUACCCACAGGCUAUGUACACGUUUGUACAAAAUGCAAAGCACUAGAAGAACGAAUGAUCAAGCUGGAAAGCCAACUUGAUACCGACAACGUGGAUUCUCGACUUGCACAUCUCGAGGCACGAAUGACGGAGAAGCACGACGUGCUACAGGAGGCUAUAGGAAAAUUGGCUGAAGUCACCAGUCAACUUGCCGCAAUGAUCAGUUCGCCGCUUGAUUCUGUCGAACAGCAGCAUCAUCAAACAUCAAAAUCUGUGGAAUCGCGCCUGAGUGCCGUCGAGAACCGGUAUGAGCAACUAGGAGAAACAUUGCUUACUAUCGGGGUACGACAAGACCGUGAUAGCUUCAAGUUGUUACCAGAGACCAAAGAAAUCUUGGGCUCCCACCCAGUCGUUUACGACCAAAGAAACAAUCCUGCAACGAGCCUCCGACGUAUCAAGAUUCUCAAUGGUCGCGUGAAAUCUAUGCUUGAUGCUGGUAUACCCUCUAACGAAGUUUUACUCCAAUACUCGAAUGCAGAAACGAUCUCUGCCAAUGAAAGAGAAGAGCAAGCCAAAUUAUUACAUAUCAUAAACAAGGCCUUUCAGAAUGAGCGAUCCGACAACGAAGACGAUCUUAGGAAAGAGGGCUCUGAGCAAGCAGCCGCUGCCGCAGCUCCAAAUUUCAAUGUGGAAUCAAGACUAAUGUCCUGUGAGGAACGAAUCAAUCAGCAAGACGCAGCCAUACUCUCACUCACAAAGGCCGUCGCCGCAAACGAGCAAGAAAUUCUUGACACCACUUUGGCUCUCAGAGUACAGGUUAACCCAGCAGAGUUCACGUUGCUACCAGAAACGAUGAAUAUCCUCGACUUGAACCCAGUCAUUUAUCAUUGCGGUCAACAGCUUAUGGGAGUCGAACGUAUUCUACACGUCAACAAACAGGUCCAGGAAGCGAUAUCAGGUGGAAUAGAUCCUACGACAGUGAUCGCCCAAUACUCCGACUCGAACGCUGGAAGAGUCAACGAAGAUGAGAAGAGAACCGAAGAAAGGAUUGUUAGGAUCAUUCAGCGCGUUCUGGAAGACCAGUCCCCAGAUUUCGAUGCAGCGGGGAUCAAUACUCUGCGUUGCGCAGAGAAUAGCGAUCCUACGAGGUCACGUACGCACAGUAAGUCAUCACUCCGUCUGGCUGUGGCGACAACUGGGCUCGCUCCCACCAUUCGUGAACCGAGAGAGGAUGCAGGUGACAAAUUACCUGAUGCAGGAGACUGGGGAGAAUCUCAGGGACGUACCUUUGAGCACGGGACCGACCCGACUCUGCAGCGCCUUAUCCCUGUUACCUCUGAGCUAACGACAAAUGAACAAAUCUCCGACGCAGACGAUGCCAUGAGUGACUCUGAGGAUGAUCUCGAGCCAGAAUCUCCUAGGGACGUAAAGUCUCACGAAGAUAGUGUGCUCUCAGCCUUCGACAAAAUCUCUAUUCUUGAAGAGGACCCUUCUCAAGUCGAGACAAAGGAGAUAUCGAAAGCAUUCGAGGAUGGCAAGAUUGUUCCGGCUCACACUCACGGCCUACAAAGCAAUGACGAGAAUCAAUAUCCACCGCCGGCCCCAACCCAUGAUUGGAAGCACACCGUUCAAAGACGAUUGGAAGACCUCGAACACGAUGCUCGUCAAUCUCAGAAAUACCUGGUGGCACAACAUAGUGCCCUGUAUCAGCUUUCGCAAUCAAUCCAGGGUCCUCUCGCACCUCGGCCCCUUGCGUCUGAGUCUCAACUACAAGACCUCCGCAAAGAAUUACAGGACGUGCUCACGGACCAUUUUCUUGACAUAGAACAGAGGCUUCAUCAAGUCGUUAUCAAAGCGGCUCAAUAG